AUGGACAUUUCUUUGUACAAAAAUAAGCGGCUAUCAGGCACAGAGAAGUUACACGUUUUGGAAAACUUGAGGGCUCCAUCUUCCAACUACAAGUUUCCAGCGACGACUCAUGGAAAACAGGAGAGGAAGUUCUUGUAUUCCUGGUUGCAAAAGUAUAAGUGGUUGUCAUACUCUGAAAUAGAAAACCGGGCUUACUGCACUUAUUGUGUACUCUUUGCUCCAACUGAAGUGGGUAUGAGAUCAUCCCAGAAAAUAGGCCAGCUUGUCCAAGAAGGAUGCCAAAAUUGGAAAAAAGCUAUUGAAAAAUUUGAGUCACUUUUUCAAUUACAAUACCACAAACACGCCAUGAUCGUUCUCAACAAUUUGAAAACAGUAAUGGAAGAGAAGAUGAAUGCCAUAGACAGAUCUUUAGAAGUAGGCAAAGCCAAUCAGGCGAAAGAAAAUGCGGAGAGGUUAAAACCCAUAAUAGACACGGUAAUUUUUUGUGGACAACAGGGAAUAGCUCUUCGAAGCCACAGAGACUAUAGAGACUUCAACUUAGACGCAAUGCCAGAUGAUAAUGAGGAGAAUUUCAGAACCCUAUUGCGGAUGCGUAUUGAAGUAAGUGCUGAAAAAUUAAGAGACCAUUUCAUAUCAUGUGGUAAAAAUGCCACUUAUAUAAGCUGGAACAUCCAGAACGAAAUCAUUGAUGCUUGUGACAAAGUAAUAAAAAGUCACAGAGUCAAAGAUGUUAAAGAUGCUACUUUUUUUAGUGUGUUAGCUGAUGAGAGUACAGACGUGUCGACUCAAGCACAGGUUUCCCUGUCUGUGAGGUAUGUCUCUCAUAACACGAAAGAUGGUUAUAAGAUUAAUGAAAAGUUUUUGCAGUUUGUGCCUCUUGAGUCAACGACUGGCGAGGUACUUGGAGAAACACUCUUGAAAGGGCUUGAAGAGUGCAAUCUUGAAAUAAAAGAUCUGAGAGGACAAGGAUAUGAUGGCGCAUCAGCCAUGAGCGGAAAGGUCAAAGGUGCUCAGGCUAUUGUGUGCUGCAGAACCGCAAGGCAGUAUAUGUACACUGCGCGUCACACACCCUUAACUUAG